AAAAAGUACUCAAUGAGUAAUUAUUGGGAAAUAUUUGUAGCCGGCUGUAAGCAAAACUCGCAAUAAAUAAAUUAGUUUUAAGCGAAUUUAGCGAAAAACGAGAGAAAUGACUGCAUUCGAAGAGUUUGGCGUGCUGCCCGAACUGGGCAAAGCAACCGACGAAUUGGACUGGACAUUGCCCACCGAUGUGCAGGCGGAGGCCAUUCCACUAAUUCUAGGUGGUGGUGAUGUUCUCAUGGCGGCCGAAACCGGUUCCGGUAAAACUGGAGCAUUUUGCUUGCCCAUUCUGCAGAUUGUUUGGGAAACAUUGCGUGAUCUGAAGGAAGGCAAAACGGGCAAGGGCGGCACAGGUGGCGCAGCUGGUGGUGCUACUCCCUGGACCAUGUCCUUCUUCGAUCGCAAUAAUGCGCUGGCCGUGACCCCGGAUGGUUUGCGCUGCCAAUCUCGGGAGUUCAAGGAAUGGCACGGAUGUCGCGGUACCACUGGCGUCUUUGGCAGGGCUAAGUUCUACUACGAGGCCACGGUCACCGAUGAGGGACUCUGCCGCAUUGGAUGGUCCACACAAUUGGCCAGCUUGGAUCUGGGCACUUGUCGCUUUGGGUUCGGGUUCGGCGGCACUGGCAAGAAAUCCAAUAAUCGACAGUUUGAUGACUAUGGCGAAGCCUUUGGCAAAUCAGAUGUUAUUGGCUGCCUGCUCAAUCUGCAGGCCUUGGAGGUCAGUUUCACCAAGAACGGCGUGCCAUUGGGUGUGGCCUUCAAGAUACCCGAUAGUAUGCGCAACGAAACCUUCUAUCCUGCUGUUGUGUUGAAGAAUGCCGAAAUGUUGUUCAACUUUGGCAAGACUGACUUUAAGUAUCCACCUGGCAAUGGCUUUGUGGCUGCCUGCAAAGCGGAUGCGGACCACAGCAAGGCCAAUCCUCUGGCUAGUCCUACAGCCAAUGCGGCUGCCUUGAAACCAGCACCCAAUGCACCCCAGGCCAUCAUCAUUGAGCCGAGUCGCGAGUUGGCAGAACAAACCUACAAUCAGCUGGAGAAAUUCAAGCUGCAUCUGGGCAAUCCCGAGGUGCGUUCCCUGCUGCUUAUUGGUGGCGUGCGUGUCGAGGAACAAAAAGCCCAGUUGCAGCAGGGCAUACACAUUGUAGUCGGCACCCCGGGACGUCUCGAGGAGCUGAUCAACAGCGGCUUUGUGCAGCUAACGCAUUGUCGCUUCUUUGUGCUGGAUGAAGCGGAUGCACUGCUAAAGCAAGGCUACACGGAACUGAUUGAUCGACUGCAUAAGCAGAUACCCAAGAUCACCAGCGAUGGCUGUCGCCUGCAGAUGAUCGUCUGCUCGGCCACGUUGCACGCUUUUGAGGUAAAGAAAAUGGCCGAACGACUGAUGCACUUUCCCACCUGGGUGGAUCUCAAGGGUGAAGACGCUGUGCCCGAGACAGUGCAUCAUGUGGUCUGCAUGGUGGAUCCCCACACGGACUACAGUUGGAAGAAUCUGCGCCAACCUGUCCCUACCGAUGGGGUGCAUGCUCAGGACAAUUUGCAUCAUUCGAAUACUUCGCCAGAAACUUUUUCGGAGGCUGUAAAGCUGUUGAAGGGCGAGUACUGCAUCAAGGCCAUCGAACAGCAUAAAAUGGAUCGGGCCAUUAUCUUUUGUCGCACCAAGCAAGAUUGCGACAAUCUGGAGAUGCAUCUGCGGCGUCAGGGUGGAGAUCGUUACUCGUGUGUCUGCUUGCAUGGCGAUCGCAAGCCGCAGGAGCGUAAACAAAAUCUGGAGAUGUUCAAGCGGCAGCAAGUGAAGUUUUUGAUCUGCACAGAUGUCGCGGCACGCGGUCUGGACAUCACAGGAUUACCAUUCAUGAUCAACAUUACGCUCCCAGAUGACAAGUCCAACUAUGUGCAUCGCAUUGGCCGCGUGGGACGCGCCGAACGUAUGGGACUGGCUAUCAGUCUGGUGUCCAAGGUGCCGGAGAAGGUGUGGUAUCAUGGUGAAUGGUGCAAGACUCGCGGACGCAAUUGUCACAACACCAAUUUAACCGAUGUGCGCGGCUGUUGCAUCUGGUACAACGAACCCAACUUGCUGGCCGAGGUGGAGGAUCAUCUUAACAUCACUAUACAGCAGGUGGACAAGUCCAUGGAGGUGCCUGUCAAUGAUUUCGAUGGCAAAGUUGUCUACGGCCAGAAGAAUCUCAAUAUGGGCACUGGAUAUGAGGAUCAUGUGGAGCAAUUGGGACCGACGGUGCGCAAAUUGACUGACUUGGAACUGCAAUCACAAUCUUUAUUUUUGAAACGCUUAAAAGUCUAA